AGCUAAAAUGACGAUGAGGCUUCCCAAGCUUCGUCAACGACAGAACCGACGCGAAGAAGGUAAAAAAUUAGAAAAAGAGGGCGCGGGCGGGGGGCUCAGAAACGAAGUCUAAACGCGCGAUGACAGGCUCUCGUGGCAAGAUGGCAGGGGCUCCGGUUUUGGGAACAAAAACACCGCCGAGGAUGCAAAUGCCUUAUUUUGGCUGUUCGCUGUUUAUUUACGAUUCGUCGUGGUUGCCUUUCGAAAAGGGCUCGUCGCUGAGGCAGAAGUCUUUGAUGGCUUCAGACCCAAGAAGAAAAAAAAGGGGGCGUCGAGGCGAUUCGUGACCGUCGUCUCUCUUUUUUUCGCUCUCUUCUCUCUUGUCACUUUCGCUCUUGUAUCAGGGCGGAGCCAAGAGGCAAAGCCCGUGUUCGUCGCGUCAGAUAAGGCCCGUCAAACGGGUUGCUGAUUCUGAAAUCGGCAGGUCGAUGGCAAAAAAUAAUCAAAUAAAUGGACGAUGAUGUUUAAUCGCCGGUUCGUCGUUGGAAAACAGAGGUCGUCGUCAAAAGAGGGCUUCUUUGACGGAGAUCGCUUUUGGGGUGG